AUGUCAUACAUAUAUUUCCGCUAUGACGAACUCGGUACCCCAUCUACCUCGACAAUGGCCAAAGACGAAAAAGAAUCUGAUGUGGAUCAAAGCUUUGUCUCCGAUUCGCGCUCAGAAGCAGCCGAUCUGCCAUCGGAACGUGAAGAACCACGAUCUGAAGACACCGUAACACCGACAACACCGCAUGACACAAAGGCAAGUGUUGCUUUGCUCCCAGUGUGUAUGUUUGUCUGUAGACAGCUGUGCUAA